CAGCCUGAGGUUCUGCAUUUGCCAGCUGUGUCAUGGGACAGGUCAGUUGUCCUAUCUGAGUCUCGGUCUCCUGGGCUGUAGUCAGGGAGAAAUAAUACCUACUGCACAGGGCUGUGGGGACGGCCCAGACCUUUAUAAACCUAAGAAAGAGAAGUCAUUAGGAACUGUUCACGACAUUCACAGCAAGGCAACCCUAUCUCCUAGGAGGACGUUGGUCCCAGUACAGGGAGCAGGAGACUUGUUUCCAGAGGCUUCCAGGCUAACUCAGCAAAUCACUUACUUUCUUGGAAUCAGGCCCCAGAAGAAGAGGCUAUCUCAGACCUUUCCUCCCAGGAAAUGAUUCAUUCUGUCAGCAAACAUAGACUGGGGGCCUGCUGAGGGAGGCUGGUACAACCCACCACUGCUCAUGGGCUGUGCAGGGCCUGGCUGUGGGCACAGGCCUGUAACUGCAGCACAACCUGAGAUCUGGACAAAGGGCAGAGGAAGCUGAGACUCCUUCCCCUGGGUUGGGGCUCGAGGGGCCCAGGAGGACUCUCCAGAAGAGUCUGCUCCCAUGUACCAGUACCUGGAUAGGAAAAUGUUCAAGGAAGCCUACCAGAUUGCUUGCUUGGGAGUGACAGACACUGAUUGGCACGAGCUGGCCAUGGAAGCACUAGAAGGUUUAGAUUUUGAAACAGCAAAGAAGGCCUUCAUCAGAGUACGAGACCUCCGAUACUUAGAGCUCAUCAGCAGCAUUGAGGAGAGGAAGAAGCAGGGAGAGACCAACAAGGACCUGUUUCUGGCAGAUGUGUUUUCCUACCAGGGGAAGUUCCAUGAGGCCGCCAAACUGUACAAGAGGAGCGGGCACGAGAACCUCGCACUUGAAAUGUACACCGACCUCCGCAUGUUUGAGUAUGUCAAGGAUUUCCUUGGAUCUGGAGACCCCAAAGAAAUAAAGAUGCUAAUCACCAAACAGGCUGACUGGGCCAGGAAUAUCAAGGAGCCCAAAGCCGCCGUGGAGAUGUACAUCUCAGCUGGAGAGCAUGUCAAGGCUAUCGAGAUCUGUGGCCACCAUGGAUGGGUUGACACGUUGAUCGACAUCGCCCGCAAGCUGGACAAGGCUGAGCAUGAGCCGCUGCUGCUGUGCGCUACCUACCUCAAGAAGCUGGACAGCCCCGACUAUGCUGCCGAGACCUACCUGAAGAUGGGUGACCUCAAGUCCCUGGUGCAGUUGCAUGUGGAGACCCAGCGCUGGGAUGAGGUGAGAGGAAAGCAGGCCUCAUGGGCUGGGGCCCCACCUGAGCCCUGGGACACAGGCGGGUGGGUACGGGGACCCUUUGGGGUUUACGUGGAGAGAAGCUGCCCCCAUGAUGGAAGGAACAUUGGGCUGGCAGUCAGACAACUUAACCUCUAAUUCCCUGAGCCAGAGAAUCAUCGAGGGCCUUUCCACAUGUUCCUUCCUUCAGUCAUUGAGAAAAUUGUUAUUGACUGCCAGCUUUGUGCCAGUGAGGUGACAGGCACCGGGGAUGAGUGUGAACGUGACAGCUCCAGUGCCUGCCAUUGGGCUGAGCUGCCUCUGACCAGCGCCACAGGCUCAGACACAUGGCUGAUGUGGAGAUGCACCUGCGUGACAUUUCAAACCUGCUGAGUGGCAUUUUGGCAGAAAGCGCCAUCUGUGCUUUCCAGAUCCAGACUGCGAGAGCCAUUUCAGGGGCCGGUUUUUUCCCUCCCGUCUCUGCCUCUACCUCCCACAACCCACUACUUCUCUCUCUGGUGUCGGCAGGUGUGAAGAAUUAGCCAGGCCAGUGAGAAAGGUGGCCAGCCUGAGGUUGGCAGAAGCAGCUGAUGCUGCCCCUUCUGUGGCUCGACCCCUACUCUCCAGCUCACUAGCUCCCUGUGCCCUGCAGAGAAAUCCAUCCCCGAGAGGAUUACGAGCUGUGCCAAGACCCUCCCCUGACUCACUCAUCUACCCAUCAUGGUCCAUUUUAGAGUGAAAGCAAAGCCUUCAUUGGGAGGAGCUGUCUGACUCUUGUCUGCCCUCUGAAUGGCUCCAUUUGGUGAGGUGAUGAGGUUACUGAUGAGAAAAGGUGGGGCCAGGGCCAGAGGCAAUGGUGGCUUCUCAAGAGAAAUUUAUUAGACUUCUCAAGCAGCAUAGAUUAGAGCAUCUUCGAACACUCAGACCUGGCUGUGCAUCAGGCUGACUUUCUCGCCAUGGCUCAUGUCCGGUUAUCCUGGCCUGAUAGGUGGUUCUGGGGCUUAGGUGAGAAGCAGUCGUGGGUCCACACAGCACGAAGCCCACAGUCAUCUUUGACAACUGAUAAGAAGUGGUGAUGAUGAUAAUGUCAAUUCUGUUUCCUUAGGUGUCGCCUGCAAUUAAAAGAAAUCUGUUUGCAGCACUACAGGAGCCCACGCAAACCUCAAAAUAAAAUGUUUCUGAUUCUGUGCCGCUUCUGUGGUCCAGAAACAGAC